AACAGUGGAGCACCUCUUUGUGUCGCCUUUCCACCUCUCUGUAGCAAGAAUAACAACUUCAGCACUUCUUCAAUAAUAAUUAUGAAACUGGUAUUAACUGAAUGGCAAUUAUGGAUUUUUAACUCUAACUCACAGUAAACCAGCAAGCCAUAUGUUGAAAUUCCUACCAAAUAGCUUUUUGUUCUUAAUGUCUAUACAAGAAGUUGCAAGAUACCUGUUUGUACAAGAGGAAUAUAAGCGUUACUUGCCUAAGGAACAGAAGCUGAAAGAGAAGACACGCUAACUUGUUUGUGGAGUUAUGGUAGUAUUAUUUAUAGAGAUAUAACAAAUAUAUAUAUUUUUUAUGGUAAUGAAAAUGGCUCCCCAGAAUGCUGACUCGGAAUCUAUGCAAGUUCAAGAUCUACCUGUGGCACAGCUUCAGAAACCAGAAAACAAGGAGAAUGAAAGUAGGGAGGAGACCAUUAGCGAAGGAUCCAUAGACCGGAUACCAAUACGCCUGUGGGUGAUGCAUGGUGCAGUAAUGUUUGGCAGGGAAUUUUGUUAUGCCAUGGAGACAGCUUUGGUAACACCCGUAUUGUUACAAAUUGGUCUUCCUGAACAAUACUACAGCCUCACUUGGUUCCUUAGCCCUAUCCUGGGCUUGAUCUUCACUCCGCUUAUAGGUUCGGCUAGUGACCGCUGCACACUGAGCUGGGGCCGCCGGCGGCCUUUUAUUCUUGCUCUCUGCAUUGGUGUCCUCUUUGGAGUUGCACUUUUCCUUAAUGGCUCUGUUAUAGGUCUGGCUAUUGGUGAUGUCCCAGACAAGCAGCCCAUUGGUAUAGUUCUCACGGUGCUUGGUGUUGUGGUGUUGGACUUUUGUGCUGAUGCAACAGAAGGGCCAAUUCGGGCCUACUUGUUGGAUGUGGUGGACAGUGAAGAACAAGACAUGGCCCUUAACAUCCAUGCGUUUUCAGCUGGUCUUGGAGGAGCAAUCGGUUAUAUGUUAGGAGGGCUGGACUGGACACAGACCUUCUUGGGUGGUAUUUUUAAAUCUCAAGAGCAAGUCCUUUUCUUCUUUGCAGCCAUUAUUUUCUCUGUCUCCGUUGCUCUCCACCUUUUUAGCAUUGAAGAAGAGCAAUAUAACCCUCAGCAGGACAGGAUUGAUGAUGAAGGAGACACACUUUCCAGCGAAGAGCCGUAUGGAAACUCUAUGUUCCCCGAUGAGGUUCAGUCGGAGCAUGAUCUCAAUAUGGAGUUCCUUGAGGUGAACAUUGUAAGAAGUAAGAGUGACUCAGUUCUGCACAUGCCCGAUGCUACAUUGGAAAUUGAAUCGGAGCUGCUUUUUCUGCAUGACAUCGAACCCUCCAUUUUUCAGGAUGCUUCAUAUCCAAACACUCCCCACAACACCAGCCAAGAGAUCAUGAAGUCCAAACUCAACCACCUGUCUGCUUUCCUCAGGGACAAUGAGAAAGAGGAGGAAAUGUUGCUUGAUAAUCACUUAAAUGAAAAUAAAGUCCCAAACGUGAAUGGCUCCCUUCCAAAGGAGUUCCUCAAUGGACACGCUAGAAUAGGCAUGAAGCAAUCUAGUACUUCAAACUCCAUGCGAAGGCGGAGGCACAUGUUCUACCGUCAGCCAUCUUAUACCUUCUCAUACUAUGGUAAAAUAGGCUCUCACCGCUAUCGCUUUCGUCGGGCCAAUGCCAUCGUCUUGAUAAAGUCCUCACGCAGCAUGAAUGAUAUCUACGACAUGCAGAAGCGGCAGCGACAGAGGUACAGGCACAGGAAUCAGAGUGGCACGACAAAUUCAAGUGGAGACACAGAAAGCGAAGAGGGGGAAACUGAAACCACUGUCAGACUCUUGUGGUUGUCGAUGCUAAAGAUGCCAAAGGAGCUGCUGAGACUGUGCGUCUGUCACCUCUUAACUUGGUUUUCGAUCAUUGCCGAAGCUGUGUUCUAUACAGAUUUCAUGGGCCAGGUCAUCUUUCAGGGCGAUCCAAAGGCCCCUUCUAACUCAACUGAGUUACAUGCCUAUAAUGCUGGAGUCCAGAUGGGAUGCUGGGGACUGGUAAUUUAUGCUGCUACUGCUGCCGUUUGUUCAGCCUUGUUGCAGAAAUACUUGGACAACUAUGACCUUAGUAUAAAAGUGAUCUACAUCCUGGGCACGCUGGGUUUUUCUCUUGGCACUGCAGUGAUGGCUAUGUUCCCCAACGUGUACGUCACCAUGAUAAUGAUCAGCACUAUGGGAAUAGUCUCGAUGAGUAUCUCCUACUGCCCCUAUGCGCUUUUGGGACAAUACCAUGAUAUUAAACAGUACAUUCACCAUAGCCCCGGGAACUCAAAGCGAGGAUUUGGCAUAGACUGCGCUAUUCUGUCCUGUCAGGUUUACAUCUCUCAGAUCCUCGUGGCUUCUGCGCUUGGUGGUGUGGUAGACACGGUUGGCACAGUCAGAGUCAUUCCCAUGGUGGCUUCAGUGGGAUCCUUCCUGGGUUUUUUGACAGCUGCCUUCUUGGUGAUUUACCCCGAAGUCAAUGAAGAGCCAAAGGAAGAACAGAAAGGACUAGGUCGUCCAGAGACAAGCGAGGGCAACGGCACGAGCGCAGAGAAGCCGACUGUGCUGAAGCUCACGCGCAAAGGAGCUGCCGCGUCGGAGCUGGAGAGCGAGUCAGCCGUGUGAGGCCGUCGGUUUUUGUUCACCCACAUUCC